AAAGCACGGUCACAUGAUCAAAACAUGGCAGAUGAAAGAGCACAUGGGGAUAUGUUGUCAGAAAACAGUGAGGAUUGAAUAAUAUGAGCAGUCGACAAAGUCUACAGCUUGCUAAUGACAAUGGAGAACACAAGUUGCUGCUUCAGCUACAGAAGUCUUUCAAAAUCGUACAGCAGUGUGUGACGGUCUGGUGUGUGGUCCUGACAGAGUCACGACCACAUCUGGUGACGCUCAACAACCUGACGGAGCAGUUUACCUCCUGUUACAGUACAUCCAACAUACAGCUGGCAGCUAUUACAUCACAGUUACCAGAUGUCAAAGAUAAACUUCAGCAGAAACUGCAGGAGGGAGUUGAUGCUAAACUUGACGUUAUGCAGGAAAAGUUGUCUGUAUUACAUGGAUUGUGUGAAAAGAUAUCAAAGCAGUGCAAGUAUUCUACAGAUCUUUAUACCAAGAAUCAUGUAAAGCUGAACUUGGUAAUGGUAACCACAGCCACUGCAACCCGGCCAUCCAUAGCAGACAUGCUUGAAUGGCUUCAGGAUACAGAACAAUUGUUUCUUCAAAGGUACUGGGCUCGGACAUAUAUCCUUGACCAAUUCAGGUUGGAGGACAAGUCAACCCACCUGUCCGACAAUGCUAUCUGGAGUUAUGAUGACAAGGACAUCCAGAAACAGUUCCAAGAAAAGUUGUCAUACCUGUCCUUUUUCUUGGAGGAAAAGCUUUGAAUGGAGUUAACACACCCACACAGCAUGUAUGUGGUUGACUCAAAUACCAGAAAAGCCAGUCUGUGUUAAGUCAGAGUUGGUACUCAGCCUUCUCAGUGAUGGUUAACACUAAGCCAGAGAUAAUGACCAGGUAUGGAUACCAGGAAGUCAUUUUCCAGUGGUGAAUGAUUUCUCGUUUCGGUGGUCGCAGCAAACAUGUCCUAUUGCCACAAAAAUGAGCUGUGAGAACUUCAGGACUGAUAUGGUAUGGUCAUCAGUUCAGCUGUCCACUUCGGCACUUCCAAUAAGUGUGUCUUUUGACAAGAUAUAUGAGCUUUUGACCAGUUUACUUUACAGUACAACUAGCCAUGUGAAGGAAGUGAUUAAUAUCAUCCAAAACAGACUUGACAAUUGCAAAGAUGCAUUGUAAAGGCUAAAAAAUGUAAAACAGUAUGGAUGGAAUGCCUUUGUGUUGGUGAUUUGGAAAGGCUUAAGAUAUUGUAGUGAUGGACUUAUUUAAAUGAUUAUGACUAAGAUCUAAAUUGAAUAUUGAAAACUUAAUUCGACAUACUGUGUUUUAUGUCUGAUAAACGGAACAAUAUGAUACAGAAUAAAUGCCUGUAUUUAC